AGCUACCGUCCACCACCACCAACAACAACAACGCCAACUGGGAUUUCGGCGAAGCUUGAUAAACAUAAAAUACCUAUCAGAGCCCAGCUGUGGCCCAAGACAACCUGAUUGUAUUUUGUUCCGUUCAGUGCCGUUCUGUGAUGAUGUAGUGAAGGCCGAGAUCGGAUUCGAAACAAAUCCAUUUUUUUUUCACAGCCAAUUCCAACAGUUUUAAUUUCCCGAGACGAGUGCGAAGGCCGUCGGACUAAUGAAUAUCAUCUCGAGAUCUUUCGAUACGGCUAAAAAUGGGUGUUUCAUUAGUUUUAACCAAGACAGCUCUUCGUUGGCAGUUAGCACAACCACCGGAUAUCGAAUAUUGUCUCUUAAUACCAUAGACACGCUAGUCGAAAUACGAGAAAAUGAAAUGGAUGAUUUGUGCAUUGUUGAGAGGUUGUACAGCAGCUCGCUUCUUGCGAUUGUCAGCCUCUCAUCACCGAGGAAGAUGAAAGUGUGCCAUUUCAAGAAAGGGACUGAAAUUUGUACCUUUAGCUACUCGAAUACGAUACUAGCCGUUAAACUGAAUAGAGUGAGACUUAUAGUGUGCCUGGAAGAAUCAUUGUACAUACACAGCAUAAGAGAUAUGAAAGUGCUGCAUACGAUUCGGGACACACCGCCUAAUCCAAAUGGACUCUGCGCUUUGUCGACUGAUGACAGUUGCUUCCUCGCUUACCCCGGAAGUUCGACUAUCGGGGAAGUGCAAAUUUUCGACACUAUCAACUUGCAUUGUAAAAUGAUGAUUGCUGCACAUGAUUCACCGUUGGCGGCGAUGAUUUUCAGCCCUUCGGGACAGCUGAUAGCGACCGCUUCUGAAAAAGGGACUGUAAUUAGGGUCUUCAAUGUUUUGGAUGGUACCAAACUUUUUGAAUUUCGCCGAGGUGUAAAAAGAAGAGUAAACAUCUGCGGGCUGGCUUUUUCACCAGAUUCUUCUUUUCUGGCUGCCGCUUCCAAUACGGAAACUGUCCAUGUUUUCAAACUGGACAACCCCAAGGAUGUAGACAAAAUGCCAGUCAGCAGCGGGAGCGGUGACGAUAGUUACCAGGGAUGGAUGGGUUACCUGAGCAUGGCCGUAUCUGCAUCGGCCAACUACUUGCCGACCCAAGUUACAGGUGUCUUCAGCCAAGGAAGGGCUUUUGCUGCUGCUCACCUUCCACACCACGGCUACAAAAACGUUUGUGCUUUGACAGUGAUUCAAAAAGUAUUAAGGCUUCUUGUCGCAUCAACAGAUGGGUCUCUUUACAUUUAUAACCUCGACGUUGUAGAUGGAGGAGAUUGUAAUCUCAUAAAACAACACAAGUUGCUCAAAAAGUGCGAGCCGUUGCCUGAAGUCCCGCACGGCCUCCACGAUGAACCAAGAAGCUCGAAUCGCCAAUCCGAGUCCAAAGAGCAGUCUGAUCCUGGCUCCAUUAGUAGUUAUGCAGACAUACUCAAGGGCAAUCCACCGGGCACAAUGUCAGAUUCCGAGAAAUUUCAUGAAAUGAUUGCAGCCACGACAAAGCCUGAUAAAGAUAUUUUAAAACUCGACGAUGAUGCUGAGUUCCCUCCAGUGAUCGUUAAGAGCGAUUGAUGUGACACUUUUUAAAAACAAACAGCUUUUAAUAAAAAAGAAGUAAAUAAUU